AUGGCGGCCUCCAUGGUAAAAGGUGGACAUGUACUCGCUACUGCGUCUAAUUGUAUUUUUCAAUGCAUUUUGUUUAAAGAUGCACUGACAACAUCUAGGAUACUGACCUGCCAUCUACAGGUUCGAGAGAGAAGACGUACAUGUGCCCCACCAGGUUGGCAUGUCAAGAAGAAAACCAAUGUAUCAACAGAACAGCUGACAUGGGAGAACCAACAAUUCCUAAAGGAACUAGCAGAAAACAAAUUCAAGGAAGUCCCAAGUCCUUUAAAGGAAGACCUCUGGCCUAGAGGAGAAUGGGACAAACUCACACGAAGAACUGGUGUUCUAGGUGUGAAGCUUGGUGUUAUUCCACAGUGGGGGAAAAAUGGAAAGAAAAUUGAUGUAACACUGUACCAGAUAAUUGACAACCAUGUGAUACGAUAUAUACCACCAGAAAAGUUCAGUACAUCUAUAGGUUGUACUCCAUACUGGAGAAAAUUUGGUUCUGUUGUUGUCGGAGCUCUGAGUUCAUACCCACAGCAGUUUAGAAAAGAAUACAACAACUUAUUUCUGGAGGCAGGCGUACCACCAAAGAGAAAACUAACAAGGUUUUUAGUCACACCAAAUGCAGCCAUACAGCCAGGUACUCCAUUGUCUGUCAUGCACUUUCGUGUUGGAGACUUUGUGGAUGUACAAGCUAAGACAAUUGGUCAUGGUUUCCAAGGUGUUGUUAAAAGAUGGAAGUUCACAGGAGGUAGGAAAUCUCAUGGCAACACAAAAGCUAUGCGACGUACAGGAGCUAUUGGACAACAAGGACAUUCACGAGUCAUGCCAGGGAAGAAAAUGCCGGGACACAUGGGAAUGGACUGGAAUAUACAGAAAGGGAUAAAAAUACUCAGGAUCAACACUAAAUACAAUGUCCUGUACCUUAAGGGACAUCUUCCAGGCCCUGUCCACUGCUACACUAGGAUCUACGACACAGCCCUAAUGUUUAAGAGAAGAGACAAUGUAGAUGGACCACCUAUGCCCACAUUCUUUAGUGAGGAUACAUCAGAGCAGGUGGAGGAGGAGUAUUUUGAUGAUGAAAUUUUCCAGUUUUCAUCUCCAUCAAUAAAAUUUGAGAAAGAUAAAUAGAUAAAAUCUGUUAUGAUAGUCAAACAGCUAAUCUGUGGAUAAUGGACGUGAAUUCUGUGUAAGGGAGAAGGCAAAGUAACUCUACUGCUGUCUGUACUGAUGAUUAGUCAGUCAAUGUGAAAUAUCUGUUAUGAUGCAACACAUCAUUGGAUCUCUCAUCACGAAAAUGAUAUUUCAUGUGUAUUAUAGCGUAUAUAUCAAAGAAAUGAAAUAUAUCUUACUGAAAUGUGACUGUCAACCUGCAUUUUAAAUUGAUUGAUGACAAAAAGAAUUGUGUGACUUACAACACAAACAGAUCAGAUUAUGUAACAGAACUUUAACAUUGCUGUUCCUUAACGAAGCUUAUCAGUCUGUGUUUUUUGUAGAGCUAUUUCUAAAUUACUUCUCUGUAAUAAAUAAAGACCCAAAUAUCACAAUACAGAUUAAUUUCAGGAAGGUGAUGGAGUUUCAUAUGAUGACCCUACAAUAGUGCUAAAACUUUAAUUCUCAGGUCAGGAAAUUAAAACACUGUAGCACAAAAUCAUAGUUUAUGAGCAACCUUCCGUAAUUAUGGUAAGUGGGUAUAUAAAUUGCUCUCAGAUAUUGUGUCAUACACUAAGUAUACAGCUAUAAAGUGGUAUAUUUUAAUGUAGCAAAAAUUUGUUGUUCUUUCAGAUUGUUUUAUUUUGGUCUCUCUAAAUAUGGGAUUUUAAUCAUCUUUGUAUUGAAUUCUAGCUCUCAAUUUUAUCUGUUUUCAUUUAAUCACUGAUUCUUUCGUUAAUUUCUUCAAAGUCGUGACAGUUGUUAGGCUGACAGAAUAGAACAGGUGUUGUAGUGUAUGACUCGCUGUAACUUUAUAGUGGUGUUGUAGUGUAUGACUCGCUGUAACUUUAUAGUGGUGUUGUAGUGUAUGACUCGCUGUAACUUUAUAGUGAUGUUGUAGUGUAUGACUCGCUGUAACUUUAUAGUGGUGUUGUAGUGUAUGACUCGCUGUAACUUUAUAGUGGUGUUGUGGUGUAUGACUCGCUGUAACUUUAUAGUGGUGUUGUGGUGUAUGACUCGCUGUAACUUUAUAGUGGUGUUGUAGUGUAUGACUCGCUGUAACUUUAUAGUGAUGUUGUAGUGUAUGACUCGCUGUAACUUUAUAGUGGUGUUGUAGUGUAUGACUCGCUGUAACUUUAUAGUGGUGUUGUAGUGUAUGACUCGCUGUAACUUUAUAGUGAUGGACAAGUUCAGUGUUACUUAGAUCUUCUAUGUUCACAAACCUUCAAAACUUAAAAUAUUAAGAUAUAUUUAUACUAUGUAGCAUAUGCUAUGACAACAAACACAGCAUUGAAGGAAUUUUUUAUAUAGAAAUGCUGAAUUUUGUGUGAUCAAUGAAAAUUUGUGAGAAUGUAAGUUUAUGUUGAGUGUAAAUUGUUGAAAUAAAAUAUUGAUAAAA